AUGGGAACUGAUCGUAACAUUGAGGAAGACGACGCUGAAUACAUUAGAAACGAUAUCAAUGAGGGAAUAUGGGUCAAUUGUGAUUCAGGAGUCAAAUGUCGGCAGACAGUAGGGUUGGCCUGUAAAAACUGGAAAGAAGUCAACCGGACUCUGAAAAAUAAUGUUUGGAAAGACAUACAGGAUCAAUUAGAGGAGAAGCUUAGUCAGGGACAAAUUCAGGUCCAGGGCCAAAACGAUAUCCUGACGCAGGCGCUCGGGACACCAGAGCAUCCUGGACGUGUCAGGGCUGCUGGGUUCUUGACCAGGGCAUCUCAACUGUUCGGCAGGAAGAAAAGGGAAGUGUUUGAUGUUGUGGCUCGGCAAGCGAAGGAGAUUGAAAAAUUAAAAGCCGAAGUCCAAUCCCUUAAGCAGCAGAGGAACGCUGCCGAACAAGAGGGAGAAGGAGAGGUGGCUGGUGAGGCGUAUGUUCCACAACCAUACGCUCCUCAGGAUGAGGUACAACCACAAAUUUAUGCUGAGGAGUUUAUUUCCCUCAACGACCAAGGUAUCUUGUACAAUUUUGAUGACCAUGCGGCCCUUAAUCAGCAAGUACAUCUCUGCUCUGACAACAUCAACAAUAUUGUGGCCCGAGGGUAUUUGUACGAGCAUGUGGGUAUGAUCAAAGUUCACUGCCAGGAGUACGAUGAUUCACAUGCCCGGAUUAUGGUUUCGAAAAUCCUGCAAGAGGACGCUGAAAUCCCAGUCCCAAUUGAAGAGUGCAAAUAUGUUAGGGACGUAUACCAGAUGUUCCUUCCUUGGCCUAAACACUUAAUUUUAACAACCGAGGGUCCACUCGCUCAACCGCCCUCAAGACGUGAUGCGUCAAAGGGGAAAGCUCCGAUGCUUUCUCCACAAGGCCGUGGUGCACGGGAAGAUGACUUGUUCACGGAAGAGAAGAUGGCGUUGAUCCCUAAUUCGCUAAAAUGGAUGAUUCAUGAAUUCCUGAGGCUCAAAGAUAAACGUGAUAUAAUCACAAUUCCUGUCCCCCGAUGAUUCAUUGCACCGCGUACCCAGAUCACGUUAUCUGGAGAGGAUUUGCAGCAGGUUGCUACGUGUGACUACAUCGGCAACCAGGGAAUGCUGUUUGGAAUGAUGCACAUAUGAGAGAGCAUCAACGGUCUGAGAAAAAUUUUCAAGUUUUACGACCCAGAGCUUCUCAUAGUGCAUGGGAUCAACGAUGAAGAAAAGAGUCAGUCUUUUGACGAUGCGGCAAGACGAUUGGCUAAUUGGUUAUCAUUAAUGAACAACAACCACCAAAUGUUCUUUAUUCCUUGGAAUAUCGGGAUGCAUUGGACGCUAGUGGUGGUUACGCCAAGGAAAAUUAUCCAUUUAAACCCUAUA